GUAAAAAUUAAAAAUACCACAUAUACAGUAUAGUUGGGCAAUAUGCCUUCCAUUUGUGGUGAUACAGUUGACAUGGCUGCUGCACAAUCAGAAGGUAUUUCCAACACUGAUAGUGUUGGUACACAUAGUGACAUUUCUGGGCAUACUACAAUCUCAGGGAGGCCCAGAAUGGAUGUGGCUUGUGUGUUAGAUCUACAACAAUCAGAAGAUUUAGCUCAAAGAAGAAGAGCUUUGGAAGAAGUUAGGCAGGCAUGCAAUCUUGUGAAUUUUAAUAUGCACCAUAUUCAGUUUGCAAAGUUGGAUUUUGGAGAGACAAAAGUACUGGAUACAUUCUACAAUGCAGAUGUAGCUAUUGUAGACUUAAGUAUUCAGGUGCAACAGUGUGCCUUGUUUUAUCACCUUGGUGUUAGAGAAAGUUUUAGCAUGAAAGAAAAUAUUUUGUUGUAUAAUGAUAUAGACACAGAGGCAACCAUCAGACUGAAGUUAUCUUGUGGCAGCUAUACAUUUGUUUCAUAUCGUGUGCUAGAAUGUGGUUCAUGUGUUGCAACAAAACCAACUACUACUAGAAUUACAGGAGAAGAAGCAAUAGAUCCAAGGCAACAUCUUACUUUAAAGCUUAAAAAAUUAUUCCAAGAUGUUCAAAUACAAUCUAAAGCACAUAUGAAAGAAACGUUCCUAGCGGAUUUACGAAAAGCACGCGAAACGUAUUCGGGAGAAGAACUUUCUAAAGCGCUGAAGAACAUGCGUAAACGCUUAGAUGAUCCAAACGUUUUGUCUGGAGAAGUUGUUUUGAAUGUCCUCAUCUCCUUCCGUGAUAUACAGGACUACGAUGCAAUGGUACAAUUAGUCGAUGAUCUGAGAACGAUUCUGACUCAUAAAAAUUACACCAAUACUCCGGCUAUUCGGUACUUAUACGCGUUCGCGUUAAAUCGACGAAAUAAAGAGGGGGAUAGGGAAAUGGCGUUAAAAGUUAUAGAGACAGCAUUGGAGAAGAAAGAGAACCAUGUUCCUGAUAUGUUAUGUCUGUGUGGAAGAAUAAAUAAGGAUAAAUUCGUAGAAAGUAGGCACACCGACGAAGAAAGUUUAAAAAAUGCAAUUCAUUGGUAUAGGAAAGGUUUUGAGGUCCAGCCAAAUGAAUAUGCUGGAAUAAACCUCGCCACGUUACUAGUUAUAGCAGGAAACGAAUUUUCGAAAAGUGAGGAGUUGCAACACAUAGGCAUGGUACUGAAUAAUCUCAUUGGCAAGAAAGGCAGUUUAUCGAGUUUAAAGGAUUAUUGGGAUGUAGCCACGUUCUUUGAGAUCAGUGUACUGGCUGAGGAUUAUUCGAAAGCAAUUCAAGCCGCCGAGUGUAUGUUUAAACUGAAGCCGCCAAACUGGUACCUGAAAUCGACAAUAGGGAACAUAUCGCUGAUAGAUAGGUUUCGUAAAAAGAAUGAGGAAGCUGAGGUUUCGCCAGAGGAACAAAUAUUUAGUUUUUGGAUGGACUACUUUGUCGAAGCAGCAAAAGCGGAAGUUGGAGAUAAUAUACGGUUUCCACUAUUAGUGCUGGAACCAACGAAGAUCUUCAUGCCGAGCUAUGUAAACGUUAACCUCGGAGCGGAAGAAAAAUCUGUACAGAUUUGGAAUUUGUGCUUGGACAAUAUGAAGAACAAUUGCAAACAAGUUCACGAUUGGUUGUUUACCGCGAACAUGAUACGUAGCGUAAGCUUGUACAAAAGAGACGAACGCUGUCUUUUUUUGUAUGUCCAUCAGAACUCUGACGAUUUCCAAAUGUAUUUCCCGUCGGUUCAAUGCAGACAAAGAUUUUAUGAUUUAAUCUUGGAAAUGACCAGAGAUCAAGAGGGUAUGGUUACAGAUUUAGAUGCGUACAUGACUGACGACAGAAUGAAGUUCGAGUAUGAAUUGGAUGAUCAAAACAAACGAAUAAUACUCGGUAAGGGUACAUACGGAGUCGUCUAUGCUGCUCGUGAUCUGAACACUCAAGUUAGAAUUGCUGUCAAAGAAAUACGCGAACGGAAUCUGGGAGAUGUGCAACCUUUACACGAAGAGAUUAAAUUACACAGUCAACUGAGGCAUAGAAAUAUCGUACAAUAUCUGGGAUCUGUGAGCGAAGAUGGAUACUUCAAAAUAUUUAUGGAGCAAGUUCCUGGAGGAAGCUUAUCAGCUUUACUGAGAUCAAAAUGGGGCCCUUUAAAGGAAAAUGAAUCUACAAUUGCUUACUACACUAAACAAAUCCUUGAAGGUCUUAAGUAUCUCCAUGAUCAAAAAAUUGUUCAUCGAGAUAUCAAAGGUGAUAAUGUUUUAGUAAACACGUACAGUGGGGUGGUAAAGAUUUCAGACUUCGGUAUGUCAAAACGACUGGCCGGUUUAUGCCCGAGUACAGAAACAUUUACUGGAACAUUACAAUAUAUGGCACCGGAAGUCAUCGACAAGGGACAACGUGGAUACGGUGCUCCUGCAGACAUUUGGUCCUUGGGUUGUACAAUAGUUGAAAUGGCAACUGGUAAACCACCGUUUAUUGAACUGGGAUCCCCUCAAGCUGCAGUUUUUAAGGUUGGAUAUUACAAAAUACAUCCCGAAAUACCAUCGGAGCUAUCUGAAAGAGCAAAGAAUUUUAUACUGCGUUGCUUCGAACCAAACCCGGACAUUAGAGCAUCGGCAGCUGAAUUAUUAGAAGAUCCAUUUCUGAACGAAAAAAAGAAGAGCAAUCGAUUAGUGGCGCCACCUGAUUUUAGUAGAAGUAUAUCAGUACCUGCGGACCGGCUCGAACGCUUAGGAAAAUCAGAUAAAACGAACAAUAACCAUAUUGUUUCUGCUUCUCCUAUGCAGACAUCGCAAUCCGAUGACAGUGGAGGGUUGACAAAGUCAAGCCCGCUGAGGGAGCGCAGUCCAGCACACCUUCUGUCUCCCAUCAGAAUGCCCACUGCAACCCUUUCUUUUAACAGUACAAUAGGCAAUACACCGUCUAUAGAGACAAGCGAAACCGACACAGCGGGAGCUUCAAUGACUAGGAGAAGUUCCUCUGGCGGUUUACUCUCGCCAGAAGUUGAAUUAGGAGGUCAGCCGGGCCAGAAAACCGGCGAAGAACAGGAAGGUUUCUAUUUGUUGAAAAAAGACAGUCAAAGAAGAAUGACAUUAACCAGAGUUCUUACUCAAGACGAGGCGAAGAUUUGUGAAGUGUGGAUGAGAGGAAUACAUCAAGCCGAGGGUGAAAUUGUUUUGCAAAUGAGUCAUUUAGUGCUAUUAAUGCGUGCUUUGAGAGACUACAUUGCGGAACAGAACCACGAAGUAAUCGUGACGGCCAUCAGAACGUUGAAAGAAGAACUAGACUUUGAUUCCACUGCUAUUAAUCACCUUAAUUUAGCUAUUUAUCUGUUUCAAACGGCGGUGAAUGAAGUUCUACGAAUGCAUAGCAUAAAACCUCAUUGGAUGUUUGCCUUGGAUAAUUUAGUGAGAAAUGCAGUUCAAGCCGCCAUCACUGUACUCUCUCCUGAACUCGGUGCCAAUCUACUUGGUCAAGAACGCGUGCAAUCUGGCGGUCAAGGCCCAGAGGAAGGUUCGACGUCCGGUGUGUCGACAGUAAAUUCUGUGAAAUCUCAGAAAACUGGUGAUUCCGUGGACAAUAAGUACUGGAAAGAGUACCGAGAUCAAAUGGGGGCUAUAAAAAUGGAGAAUAUGAAAUUGCUUCAAGAAUUAAUCGAAAGUCAAAAGUCGUAUCAAACAUUAUUGCAGCAGGUUCUUGAAGAGCAAAGGUCUCAGGUUAAUACUUUGACGCGACUUUGCGAGAAUAUUAACAAACGAACUAUGAGACAAGAAUCAGGUUACAAUUCGUCGAUAUCUGGAAAUAUAGCACAACAGCCAAUUUCAUUGAUUGUUAGUGAUACACCUUCUAGUACAAUUUCAUGUACCGAUCAGGCUCUUGUUGAGUGGUUACAAAACCUUCAAAUAGACGACGUGUCAAUUGAAAGGUUUUUGUACGAGCAAUACACAUUGGAAGAUGUCUUGAAUUUCCUUACACGCGAAGAUAUUCGCAGACUUAAUCUCAGAGGUGGAAUUGAAUUAAGGAUAUGGAAAGCUAUACAGAAGCAUCAACAAAGUGAUAAUUAAAUUGUGGUUUGAAAAGUAUGCCACAUUGGGAUUGAUUUUUAAGCGAAUGGUGAACUCCAUGCAGGGUAAAAUACUUGUUGAACAAAGCU